GUGGGAGUUGGUCCAUACUGAGCUCACCUACAUCAACAAGCUCACUGUUGUCGCUGACGUAAGACAUACAGACAGACAGACACCCUGCUCUCAUUACUCUCAUUACUGAAAACAUAUCAAUGUCUUUCAGUGAUAUGUCCAUAACAACCAGUGACUAUUCAUAAUAGAAAUAUGAUAAUAGUAACUGUUAUCUGUAUAGCAUCUUUUAUUGUAAUGUCAUUUUUCAAUGCCCGUGUUUGUUUGUGUCAUUGUGUUUCUCAGUUGGUGAUGGCAGCUCUUACCAACCUGCACCAGCAUGGAUUCCUCUUAGAGGUGACACCUGAGAACCUCUUCUCCAACCUUCCCUCCAUCCUCAGCGUCCACCGGCUCUUCUGGCAGGAAGUGAUGUAUCCCAUGUUACAGGAAGUCCGCAGGACGGGGAAGCCCUUUGACCCCAUGGGGUUAGAGGCAGGAUGCCUGCAGUUCCCUGAGCGAUUCUCCACCUAUCUGCACUACUGUUGUAAGGAGGAGAGCACAGUGGAGUUUACGAGCAAACUGACAGACACCAACCUGCACUUCCACACCUACUUAAUGUGGGUGGAGACACACCCCCAGUGUGAGCGGAUGCGUCUGGGAGAUAUGCAGGCCAAACCCAUCCAGAGGAUCACCAAGUACCCCCUGCUGCUGAAGGCUGUCCUCAAGACCACCCAGGAUCCCCACACACAGCACACACUCAGGGGCAUGUUGGCCUGUGUUAAUGGGUUUCUGGACAGCAUCAAUGACUACUUGAGGCUUAAGGAUGAGGAGCUGGCCCUCUCGCUCUCCGCCCAGAAGAUAGAGGGAUACGACGUGAUGGAGGGGAUGAAUGAGGAAAUUGACAAGCAUGUCAGAGAGUUCUGCAGUUUUGAUUUGACGUGCCCUGUCAGAGGGGUGGGUCCUGGGGUCAUACGCCAGCUGCUAUUGGAGGAGACCCUGAAGAUCAGAGGAAGGAAGGAUCACAAGCUGGAGGUGACAGCCCUGCUCUUCUCUGACGUGCUGCUGGUGACCAAGGUCCAGAAGAAGGCAGACAGACUGAAGGUAGUUCGCCCCCCGCUGGCCCUGGAUAGAACACGCUGUGACACACUCAAAGAUGGCUGUUCGUUUGUGGUGGUGGAGGUGAGUGUUCUGGGCUGUGCGGCGAAUGUCUAUAUCUUCUCCACCUCCAGCCCAGAGAGCUGCUCUACAUGGGUCUUCACUAUCCACAAGGCACAGGAAACACUGCAGGGCCUGAAAGAGACAGAGGCCAGCAGACGACUGCAGACCAAACAGAGAGACCUACAGCUACAGGAACAGGCCACACCCCCUACAGAGCCCAAGAUGACCAUUGAGGAAUCAGUAGAUCAGCCUCCUGACCAAUCAGAAGCACAGAGCCCUUUUUCUUUGGAGGUGAAACCUGUUGAGGAACUCCUCAUCCAAUCAGUGAAUGGGACAUUGGUGUCCAUAGCAACAGAGGCGGAACAACCAACUCAGGAACCAGUGCACUAUAAAGAUGCAAUGUUGCCAGGACAACCACGCAAGCUCAGUGACAUUCAUAACCAAUCAUUUGCAGGCGGGGUAAUGAAAAAGGGGCAAGGAGGUGGCAGGGUCAUGGAUGAGGUUAUGAUGUCAGAGGCAAGGGUGAGCGAGGUCGGAGACAUCAACCAAUGGGAGGAGGGGAUUGAGUCCAGGGGGAUUAAAGAACGAAGGGUGACCUGGACCCAUUCCAGACAGUCUAACUCUCUACCUCGAGUGGCAACAGAAACCUUUCAACCCAAGCACAACCUGUUGCUAGGCGGAUAUCCUAACAUAGACUACCCACGACACCAAUCCAGCACUUUCCCACUUUCUCCAUGCAGGGAAAACAAUGAAAAGGUUUCUAUCACUAUUAGUCAAAUGGAAUCCCAAGGAUUGCUCUCACAGGGAGGACGAGCCACAUCCACACGGAGGAAUUCUGCCCCCCAGUCAGUGGAGCAACAAGCCAUGAGGAACUCGUGGCUCACCCAAUCAGGAGAGCAGGAGGCUUUAGUGGAAUCAUGGAGGUUUUCUCGGAAGUUGAAUUCACCACGGUUACGCAGGAGAAGGCCUAUAAACAUUGAGCAGACUGCUGCCCCUCAGAUGUCACAAAGUGGGUCUGACAGCUCUGGGAUGGCCCAGUCUGCGCCACGCACAAACUCUUCCUCCAACUCUGACUCAGACUGCAACCAGAAACUCAGGGGUUCCUACCAACACAACUCAGGUUCCUCCGGACAGAGCUCUGACUCUCACCUGGUGCUCAAGCUGGGGUCCUUGAAGAUGAACGGAGGGGUAUUCUGGGACAUGCCUGCAGAGAGAGAGUUCUCCCCAGAGCCCCACGCUUUCUCUAGGCCAGAGCUGCCUAAAGACACCCCAGAGGAGACUCAGAGGAGCGCGUCCAUACCAGAUAUCAUCGUCCAAGGAGGAUAUAGUUCUCUUCUGACCUCAGCCAAGCCCUCCAACGCGCGAAUAGCACACUCUCCCCCUCCUGGGUUGGAUCCAUACUUGUACCCCUCCCCUCUGGAGAGCAUUUUGAACCGGGCCAAGGAGAGAAGAAAGGACGGAGGGAGAAGAGAGGGAAAGGGGAAAUCUCCAACCUUCAGAACAUGGGCUCUUCCUCCUUCUCCGUGUUUCUCCACCACUCCGUCCCAGUCGCCCAGUGAAGGGGAUAGAGAGACUGAGCUGGUCAGACGGCUGGCCCCCAGUGUCAGUCAGGGAGGGAUAGAGGAGAGGGUGGACGGAGAUGAGGAGGAGGAGAAGAAGAGCAGCCCCGCCUUUCCUGAUAGCGCCAGGACUGAUUGGCCAGGCUGGUGCUUUGAAGCCGAUGAGGUCCUGGAUCAGCUGACCCCAGAGGACAGUGGCGUUGGUGUUGAUGAGGAGUGGUGGGAAGCGGCUGAGGUGGGGAUCAGCCAAACUUUGACCUUGAGAGACUUCCAGCGAAUCGGCACGCAUGAGGACGGGACGAUUAGUCAGGUGUAGUUCUGCAUAGGCUACUGGGAGUCCUUCAUUCUCCAAGACUUUAUCUGCACUUUAUGGGGAAUAAUAUGUCAUUUGAGAUUUUCACUGUGCCGGAGUGGACAUAUAACAACUUGAUACUUUUCCACAGCAAGAUAUUGAUUGAGUGAGCUGAUUGACACCAAAUGUUUGAUUUCAGUUUGUUGCAUGGAAUGCUUGUGAGUGAUUUUGAGUUUGUGAUUAUGAGUCUGAGUGAACAGCAGAAUAAUUUUCUUCAACCUGCAUAAUGUUGUUAGAGCUACAGAUGUAGGAUCUUCAUUUGAUCACUCUUUUGUUGCUGAGGUUUUUUCCUGCAACGCUGGAAUGCAGAUGAGCUUUGUGAUUUAUGUAAAUGUACUGAAAACCCGCACUAACACACGGUUAUAUUAACAAUAUUGCACUUUUCAUGUAGCCUACUUUUGGCCAGCUUCAAGCAACAUUAUGGACUAAAUGUUCAAAUCCUGUUGCUGUAGCGUUCUUAAGAUCCUACAUCUGUAGACGCCUAUACUGUCUUAUACAGGUGUACUUUUUGAUGUGGUGUCAAGUAACUGAAAUGCUGUGUAUACAUAGAACGACAUGUUUCAUUAUACUUAAUUUGAGUUGUUAAUUUAUAAGAGUAACUGCGUAUUUGGUAUUGUGACCCAUUUGGGAGAUUCAUACUGAUAUAUUGUAAU